AUGGGGAAUAAAAGUGAGAGAACAAGAGCUAGGGCUUGGGCUCAGAAAAGAAGCCCUGUAUAUAAAUCAAACGUACAGAUUUCUAGCAAGGAUCUGCAACGCCCUGGCACUGACGUGUACAUACAACCACCGAGAGCGCAGUCAGAAUGCAAGGCAGAUUCAAAGAAGGAGAUCAGGAACUCUGGGAAGAAUAUUCAGAAGCUGGCAUCACAGACAGGUCGCACACCAAUCUCGCAUUCAUCAGUGCCAAGUCAAGAUUUGCCAGCUGCUGUGACUAGCACGUCUGGAGGAUCAGAUGCUCCAAAUGAAGUGUUUGAUCAUACAAAUGAAGUGACAGAGGUGGAGAGCACAAAUGAAAUGGUAGAGGUGGACAGUACAAAUGCUGCCCAGCUACUCGCUGCACGACCCCACAUUCUGUCAGAUACCACACCUGACAUCUGGCAUAAAGUUACUGUGAAACCAGCUGUGGUUGACAGAGUAGCUGUUCUCCAUGCUAUCAACAGGCGAAUUUCUCCACUGAGACUAAUUCCAUAUUUUUUUUCUAUGGAGGAUGGACAUAUAACAUUCCUAGUGAAUAACUGCAAUGCUCCCCUGACAACAUUGUUCAAACAGAAUCUUAAAGUACCGUUUCAUUCUAUUCAGAUUGAAAUGAAAGUCCAGCUUCGUGCCAAGAAACUGAGCCUCUCUGCAAUUCUGCAGAGAAUUAUUUAUAAGAGGCUCAGUUGUGAGAAAACGGUUUUAGACCUAUCAUACCUGAUUAGCAUUCCUGAAUUUCAGCAAGUGGUGUAUGACCCAUCAGAAACCUCCCAACUACAGCAGCAAUUGAUGAAAAUGGUACAGGGAAUGGCUCCAAACCUCAUCAGUCUCAGUCUUGCAGGAAAUGGACUUACAACACUGAGCCAUCUCGCCACCAUCUUUGGAGAUAAAACCAAGUGGCAUUCACUAAAAGUAUUGGAUGUGACCGACAACAAGAUUAAGACCAUCUGCGACCUGGCAAUCUUCAAUUCUGUACCUAUCACAGAAUUGUACUUGCACAAAAAUCCUGUUUGUGGGAAAUAUAAAGAAGAUCAUUCCUACAUAAGUGUCAUCAGAGUGAUCUUCCCCCAUCUUGCUAAAUUGGAUGAGACUUUCCUGCACCGCAUCCCAGGCUUGCCAAGGUGGCGGCCGAAUUACAUUCUCUGUAGCAGCCCCGGUGACUCAGCUGAGCUUGCUGACCAGUUCGUUGAGCACUUUUUUGUGCUGUAUGACUCUGCAGAUCGGACGUGGCUUCAUGGCCUGUACCAUGUUGAUGCAUACUUCUCUCUUUCCAGCAUGUACCUUCCCGGACAAAGCACGUCACUCAAUGCAAGGCUGAGCUCAUAUGUAGCAGAAUGUCGUAACCUAUUACACCCUACUAACAAACUGAGGUUAAAGGCUGCACUGUGCCACGGUUCAGAGAAGGUUCUCACAAAACUUGAGAAGCUGCCACAGACUCAACAUGACCCAUACUCCUUUACUGUGGAUCUCCUACAUCAUUCUGCCAUAAGUACUGUACUGACUGUUACGGGAGUUUUCAGAGAACGAAAUUCAAAACAGAACAUAUCACCUCGACAUUUUAUGCGCACCUUUGUCCUUGUCAGACUAGCAAAUAAUGAAUACCAGAUAGUUAAUGACAUCAUGUACAUUACAAAUGCGACAACAGCAGAGGCAGAGGAUGCCUUUAGAUACAUGAAGCCAGAAACAAAUUUAAAGAAAAUUAGGCCACUGAUGCGGUUGAGAGAGGGUGAUGAAAAUUCCAUGAUAGAAAUGUAUUCACACCUUACGAACAUGACAACUGAGUGGUCACACAAGUGCCUAGUUACUGCAGGCUGGGACCUAAGAAGAGCACUCCAAACGUUCAUUGAAAUGUAUGAAGCAGACAAAAUUCCAGCUGGUAGGUUUAUAAAGCCAAAAAAAUCUGCAAAAUUUUAAAAUGAGACAGUUUUUAACACUUUUCAAGUCCCCAAUCUGAAGCAGCUACU